GAUUGAUGUGUUAGAUUAGGGUUUAGAAAUAUCUGAAAGUGAAUUGCCAGAAUGUCGAAGGAGUUGGAUACCAACUUGCUAGGCGUCGUAAGACCGCCCUCGGAAAGCUGCGAUGAAAGAGGAAAACGUCCGAAAUUGGAAGAGGAAUCCGAACCGGAGUUGGAAUCCAAACCGGAAUCUGAUUCGGAACCAGAACCGGAGUUGGAAUCCAAACCGGAAUCUGAUUCGGAACCAGAACCGGAAUACAUUGAUUGGGAUUAUAGAACGAUACCAUAUGAAGAGCUGGUUUAUGAAGACUUCGCAAAACGGUUUGACGAUUUCCCUCGCCCUUAUUUUUUUUCGUGUUCCCGCUUUAUUUAUAUGAAUAAGGCUCAGAAGAAGCAAAACGAGGAAGAAGAAAAGGCAGUGGCUGAUUAUUUACGAGAAUCUGCUAACAUAAGUCCCUUCGAUGCUAUCCCUGUUCCACCCUUAGCAAAUAGACGUGCCAAUAACUAUCCCAAGCCUAUGACUAGCUAUGAUUAUCGUGGUGAUCGUACCAAUCGUCUUAUCGAACUUUCCAAACUUUCUUUGGAAAAGUACAAUGAUGACCAGGGUUCAAAUUACCAGUUUCAUAACUUUGUCAAAGCAUGCCGACGUCGUCUUCCUCUUGUUACUUAUUACAUUACCUUUGAAGCAAAAGAUGCUGCUACCCAUGUUGAUCCUUCCAACAGCCCAAUUACAACUUUCCAGGCCCAUGUCUGGAAUCGGCCUCCCGAAGUUGGACCGCCUGUGGUCCAAUCAUGUUCCAUUAAACCCUAACUAAUCCAUGCAUCAUGGAAAUCAUGUCCAUUGCAUUGCAUCCACCUGCUCUGAAACCGGUUUUGGUUGUUUAAUAUAGACAUGGGGUGAAAUCAUGGACAGACUUCUCUGUGACUUUUUGACUAUAUAUGUUGCUUUUGUAAUUUCAUGCCAUCCAAAGUUUGGAUGAGCAAUUGUAACAUUUUAUAUGAAUGCGCUUAAUUUUGAUAGACUAUUAUGAAUUGCAUCAAGUUUCAGAAUAGUGAACACCUCAGGCAAUUUGUUUCUAAAUUAGAGAGGUAGGUUAUUCAAGGACCUCGACGAAUCGGUACACAAAAGACCUUUAACA